CUCAUGUUGGCCAAUCACUCUUUAGAUCUCUCACUCACAGCACACUCCCUUGCUCUCUCUCUCUCCCUUCCUUUGUUGUUCCCCUGUUUCCUGCUGUGUUCCUUCAUCCCUCCUUCAGAGCCAUCUCACUCCCACUCCCAACUAGGAUCUACAAACCAGCUCUUCAAGGAAAUGGCUUCCAAACGGAAAGUGGGCUACAAGUGUCGCAUAGCAGGAGUGCUGCUUCUCCUCUUGGCCAGUAUUGCUGCCCUUGUUGCUGUUGCUGUCAUCCAGGACACCUGGGGGUCAAAACUCUACAGCUCAGAGUAUGGCAUUGUGAUAGACUCGGGUUCAUCACGUUCCAGUGUGUACCUGUACCAGUGGCCAGGGCAGAAGGAGAAUGAAACCGGAGUUGUAACUGAGAUAAUGAACUGCAAAGUUGCUGGUGCUGGUAUCUCAGAGAUGAUGGUUGACCCAGAGAAAGAUGCCAUGUCGUGGACGGGAUUCAACAAUUGCAUGGACAACAUCACCAUAGCUAUUCCUGUUGAAAAACACAAUACCACAGCUCUCUUUCUAGGAGCUACUGCUGGAAUGAGACUUCUGCAUGAGAAGGAUGAAAAGAAGUCCAAUGAAAUCCUGGAAAGUCUCAGAAAAUACCUGGAGUCUUUGCCUUUCAUGUUCCAAAAUGCUUCCAUCAUUACUGGUCAAGAAGAAGGGCUGUAUGGGUGGGUCACUGUCAACUACCUCAUGGGAAACUUCCUAGAGAAAAAUCUUUGGAACGCCUACGUCCACCCAGAAGGGGAAAGGACUGUAGGGUCCAUGGACCUUGGUGGAGCAUCAACACAGAUCGCCUUUGCAGUUCCGGAAGAUCUCAGAGGGACUGACUACUUGCAUGUCAAACUGUACGGUUACCCUUACAAUGUCUACACACACAGUUUCCUCUGCUAUGGCAAAAAUGAGAUUGGGAAGAGGAUUCUGGACAAAAUAGUCCAGGAAUCAUCUGACCCAACCAACAUUCUCAACCCCUGCUACCCUGAUGGUUACAACACCACCAUGUACGCCUCAGACAUUUAUGACACAGACUGCACAAAGCAGCCAAACAGCUACAAGCCAGAUCGAGAACUCCUCAUGGUGGGAACCAACGACUCAGACAAGUGCAGCAGCAUAGUGAAGUCCAUGUUUAAUUUCACGACUUGUCCCUCGUCCCAGUGUUCAUUCAACGGAAUCGAGCAGCCGCCUGUCACUGGAGAUUUUAUGGCAUAUGCAGGAUUCUUCUUCACUGCUAGGGCGCUUGGGAUAGAAGGAAAAUCCAAUCUUGAUCAAUUCAACGACUUAAUUACGAAAUUCUGCCACUCACAUUGGACAAAGCUGAAGGCAGAAAAGACAUGGAUUUCGGACAAACACCUUAGGACGUACUGUUUUUCAGGUCACUAUGUCUACACUAUGCUGGUGGACGGAUACAAGUUUGACAAAGAGACCUGGAAAAACAUUAACUUCGAAAAACAGGUAAAGAACACCAGCAUUGGGUGGAGUUUGGGCUACAUGCUGAGUAUGUCCAACAUGAUCCCGUCUGAAGUGAAAGAAAUCCCCCCCUUGACAGACUCCGUCUUUGCCGGCCUUAUCUUUCUAUUUUCAGCACUAACCAUCAUAACUGUUGUCGUAGUUUUCAUCUUCCUCAUUCGCACCUGCUACUGAGAGUGUACGUCACAAAGGGAAUGAAUGAUCUUCCAUUGUAAGCCUUGGGGGCUGCUGUUAUCCUGUAAGUAGUGGGAGAGUGUGACGGUACAGCAGCGUGUGCCAAGGCACUUGUACUGAAAGUUACUAAUGACAUUUUUUUUCAGCUUGAGCCAUUUACUGCCUUAUAUUUCAGUUAUGAGAGUUUAAGGAAACUGAAGUGAGAGCCUCAAAAUGAAAACCUCUCAGUAUGUGUCCUGCUAGUGACUUUGAGUCUUUAAGCUAGCUUCACAUGUGAGACUGGUUUUAUUGAGGCUGUAAAAAUCAUCUCGAAAAAACUCAGUUUUACAGGCAGAAACAGGUGACACAGGUUUACCUGCACAGAUGAUGAACGAGCACCCAUAAUGUCCACAUGCUCGUUCUUGUCGCACAUUGCGUAACCUUAAACUGAGUUUCUAUAUUGCAUUCACAGUUGGACCCUCAGGCAGAGCAUGAGCUAUUCACUCACUGAUUGAUUCUAUAUUAUACAUAUAAUUGCACUGAAUGGAUCCGCUUUACAAACCAAAUGGCAGCACUUUGCCACGGCCACCUUAUUGUAGCAUUUUUUAUUAUAUACUAAACAUUAUAUAGUGUAUAAACUCAUUGAAAACCAGAAGCACACAACAAUAUUUUACUGAAUGAAAACCUCCCUAAUAAACAAUAUAUUGAAUGUGCUAUGUGCCAUUGUUUCAUUAUGAUUUUGCAAACUAUAAUAGAUGUUACAUUAAGUCAUUUUUCUACAGUCUAUCUGCAAUCAAUCAAUAGACUUAAAUACAAGAUACAUUUUAUGUUCUGAGUUCUGGACAGCAGUCUACCGGUCACUGAAAAUUAUUUAAUGUUAAGUGUUGUUUUUCCCAUUAAAUACUAACUUUGCGUUGUUCCAUCCCUGGGAAGGUUUUCAUUCGGUACUUAAAGAACAGAGUAUUGUUGGAUAGAUAUUAGAUUAUAUAUCUAUAUCUAUAUCGAUAGAUCGAUAAGUCAGUUGAGCAGUUUGAGAAAACUACACACAUUUCCAGUUUUCAGUGUAAUCUACACUCAAGUGUUGUUUAUAUAUUAUGAAAGAUGUCUGAUUGUGUCAAUAAAGCCUUUGAUGAGAGAUUUUUUCAAUCAGCAUGAUUACAUGUUGUGAUGAUAACAGUCAUUUGAGUUUUUUGGUAUUGACUAAAUUUGGUCAGUUUUGGAGAUGUCAGCAACAGAACCAACACUAAGACUAGAUAGAAAAGGCAUGAGUGGCUGAGAGGGAGCAAUUAAUCUGACUGACCAGCUAAUUAGACUGUUGUCAGGCUAUUAAAUAGGCAUCAUCAGUUGCUAUAAGCCCCAUAGAUGUAGGUCAGUAGGGGCCUACUACACCCAAUAGUAGAUUUGAUCAUCUAUUCACAUGGUAGAUCACUGAAAGAAGGUAUAAAAGAAGACGACAGCGACCUCUAGUGACCGUAGUAAUUAUGACAGGAGCAGAAGCUGAAGUCAGGCGGUGUAGUAUAAACAAUAUGAAAGUCCAUGCAUAAGGGGUGGAAGAUGAAUGAAUGGUGGUAAAUCACAGGGUUUUCACCCGGGAGCCCGGAGUUCGCAUCCAGUGUAAAACCAACAAUGUGUUCUUUAAGCCAAAACAUAAUGUUUAACUUAACCAAGUUUUUUUUUUUUUUGUUGUCUAAACCUAAAUAAGUUGGAGUUUUGUUGUCUAA